AUGGCUACCCCUAGUGUUCUUACCUUUGAUGCUGAGGGUCGGGCUGUUGAAUUUGAGGUCUGGGUCGAUGAUCUGCGGCUUUUCCUACAGUGCGAUAGGACAAACGGUCUCUCCCUGUUUGACCUCACGUCUGGUGCUUCUCCUGCCCCUGCUGCUGAUGCUGACAGCACUGUUCGCUCACAGUGGGCCACACGAGAUGCUGCUGCCCGUCUUGCUGUGCGCCGUCACUUACCGACCACUGAGCGUGCGCAUUUUAGUCAGUACAAGAGUGCUAAGACCUUGUACGACGCUGUAGUUGCACGCUACUCUUCCCCUGCCACUGCUGCCCUUAGCCGCCUCAUGCUGCCGUACCUGUUCCCCGACCUCGCCACUUUUCCCACAGUCGCCGACCUCAUUACGCACCUUCGCACUAGUGACACCCGCUACCGCGCUGCACUUUCUGCUGAAAAAUGCGCCAAGAACCCCCCCCCCCCCCAUUCGGUCGGCGCGGCGUCUGCCCCUAGUGGGAGACGCCGCACAGGCAAGGGCAAGGGGGGCAAGGGCGCUGGAGUGGCUGCUGGGGGCGGUGGAGGUGGCGGUGGAGGCGGCAGAGGGGGUGGGGGUGGUGGUGGGGGUGGUGGCGGGAGUGGGGGCGUCGGUGGCGGUAGUGGAGGCGGAGGAGGCGGCGGCGGUGGCGGUGGGAGCGGAGGAGCCGGCGGUGGCAGCGGUGGUGGAGGUAGCGGCGGCGGCGGUGGCGCUGGUCGUGGUGGCUCUGCGCAGAGGGGCGGCUCCGGUGGUGGUCAGCGCCAGCAGCAGCAGCGCGCUCGUGAGACCCCGUCCGUCUAG